AACGCAACAUCCACCGACACCGACGUUCUCAACGUCCAAAGUUGAAACUACGAGUACUGGUACCGGUCACUCGGCUGUUCUCCCACGUUCAGAUCAAUAUGCGCCAUUGACAUCAAACCAUGAGUUCGAGGCCGGAUAUAGUGUACUCGGUACGGGUACAGUAGUGGCAGUUUGAGAGAACUUGCGCUCAAUGAACGCAUGCUGUGCGAAUACUGUGCGUACGGUGCGUAGUGCACGUACUGUACGAAGGUACUCCGAAGUAUCUACCAGUAUCAAAAUAUCCCACAUGUCAUUGCGACUGUCAUAAUACGAUAGUGCGCUAAUACAACCUUCCCUUUUAGGAAUGGCUUACUUGGUACGGUUACGCCCAGGUUAUGGUGAGAUGGCUGAUCUUGACAAGCACCACCUCCAAGAUCCUUCUCUUCUCUUAUUUCCUGGUCGGUCCGGUUGACUGAAUUCUUGGAGACGAUGGAGUGCGGAUACUGUGCCCUACCAAACGUCUAGUGUCGCGGCCAAUAAUAGCAGCGCCGAUGGCUCUCUGUCUUCAAUUCUUCCCUUGAUCCUAUUUUCCUUACUCCAACAUACAUCGAAUCCAUACUGGUGCUGGCAUACAAUGAAAAUUUCCAUCAGCCACGGUUGUCAUUUCAUGAACUUCCCUCUGCCAAAGAUAUAUAUUCUUUUUCUUACAUUUUAGCGACUUGGCCCAAGUCGAAAAGUCAAGAUCGCCAAGUCAAACCCUAAGUCCGAUCCAAGUGUAUCUUCAAACAGGUCUGAGGUCGUCCGAAAUCUCUCCGCUGCCUCCAUGUUGCCUUUUUCGCUGGCUUGACGAAUCACGCGGGAGCGUACGCAUGGUGUUUUGAAACAUACACGACGAUUACGAUUAACGAUCUCCACCUUCCGCCACGCGCGCACUUUGUCCACCUUCAAUCCUUACAAUUGUGGAUCUGAACUGAGGAUCCACAUCACUAGCCAGGAGAUACUUCUACAGUCUUCAUCCUUCAUCCUUCACAAUUCUUUCCUUGUCUUUGCAAGGUCACUCAAUCUUUCAUUCUUCAUACUCUAUUAAUUCACAUCUCUAGGUUGAGCAGGCUCAAAUACUACUUCUUAUAUUCAUAAUGUUGUCCUCAUAUAUCGUUGCUCUCGCCAUGGCGGGUGCUGUUAAUGCUGCCACUCCAGCUGGCUUCGAACCCGCAGCGACGGCUGAUCUCUUUGUGGCAUUUGGUCAAAAGGCUGCGGUAAACGGUGUCUUGAUUCCAAGAGCUGGUUAGUGCUUGAUUUGAUCUUUUGCAAAUAUGACCCAACUAACUAGAUCCAGAUACCGCAAGGAUCCCAGUCAUUGGAACGAAGGAGAAGCUCGUCGGUACCUACGCAAUCAUCAUGACCGAUCCAGAUAUUCCAGGCGCUCCAGCAGACGGAAAGACUGGCCAAUUCCUCCACUGGCUACAAACCGAUUUGGUCUCAGCGGAAACUGCUACAACAAUUGGUGGACAACAGAUCUUCCUCCUCACCAACUCAACCGCACCAGCAGCAGCAUACGUCCAACCAAGUCCCCCAAACAGAGUUCCAGUUUCUCACCGAUACGUUGAACUGUUAAUCAACACAACCGGUAGUUCAGUCGCCACCACGAUGCUCAACGCUGCCGGCAAGACACGAACCGGCUUCAGUGCCCUCCAAGUCGUCAACCAAGCAGCCGCCCAAGUCAUCGCAGGAAACUUUUUCAACGUCACCAACGAGCAAGCAUUAGGAGGAGGAACAGGAGGACGUGCUGCCCCAUCUGGAGCUGCACUGCCUACUGGUACAGCACGUCCAGGUUCAGGUACAGGCUCAGGAAACGCAGGACGUGCUGGUGCAUCCGGAGCACCAGUACCUACCGGCACAGGACGCGCAGGCUCAGGAAAUGGACGCGCAGAUUCCACAGCUGGCCGAGCGGCUCCUACCAAUCCCGCUGGUGCCGCCACGCCUACCACUGGAGGCCGUCGACCAUCCAAUUCUACCUCCACUAACCGACCGGUCUCGACGGGUGCUGCUACCUCAAUGUCCCAGGACAAUGGGCUCGCUAUGUUCGCCGGACUGGUGGCUAUGAUUGCUAGUUUUGCCAUGUUGUAAGGUGGAAGGGAGAGCUUUUGUUUUGUUGUAUAAUUGUGGAUAUAUAAAGUAUAUUACCUAUUGAUGAUAAAAUAUCGAA